AUAAAAGUAAACGGCCGUGGCGCAAGAAAAGUCCCGACCAUCCCAACUCCCCUCCUCCUUCGUUCAAUUCAACCAAAUCAAAUAAUAAAUAAACAAACAAGAAGAGGCAGAAUAAGAAACGAUCGUCUGAUCUGACUCUUCGUUGUUUCUUCUUCCUUCUUCUCUGGCUACAACCGCCGAUAGAAGUUGCAGAGAGAGUGUUAGUGAGAGGGGGAGAGAGAGAGAGAGAGAUAGAUUGAGAGGAAUUGAGGCGGAAGGAAUCCCUAGAGAGCUCGCUGGGGUUUCAGUCCUGAGCCUCCAAUGAUGGAGGAAUUGCUUCAGAUAUCCCCCAAUCACGAUCCCCAUGGCGGUGGCGGUGGCGGUGGCGGUGGUGGGGGCCAGGCCGGCAAGGAGCAACAAGCUGCCGGCGUCGGAAUCCUCCUUCAGAUCAUGAUGCUCGUCCUCUCCUUCGUCCUCGGCCACGUCCUCCGCCGCCACAAGUUCUACUACCUCCCCGAGGCCAGCGCUUCCCUCUUGAUCGGUUUGAUUGUGGGUGGACUUGCUAAUAUCUCCAACACUGAGACCAGCAUCAGGGCGUGGUUCAACUUUCAUGAGGAGUUUUUCUUUCUUUUCUUGCUGCCCCCUAUCAUAUUCCAGUCGGGAUUCAGUUUGGCUCCUAAACCUUUCUUCUCAAAUUUUGGAGCUAUAGUGACAUUUGCCAUCGGUGGAACAUUUAUAGCUGCUGUGGUUACUGGCAUUUUAGUAUAUCUCGGUGGUCUGAUGUUCCUUAUGUACAAAUUACCAUUCGUUGAAUGUUUGAUGUUUGGUGCUCUUAUAUCGGCAACGGAUCCUGUCACUGUACUCUCUAUAUUUCAGGAGCUUGGAACAGAUGUGAAUCUUUAUGCUUUGGUCUUUGGAGAAUCAGUGUUGAAUGAUGCUAUGGCAAUAUCAUUGUACAGGACAAUGUCUCUGGUAAGAAGUAAUGCAUCUUCUGAACAAAAUUUCCUGAUGGUGGUCGUGCGGUUUCUCGAGACUUUUGUUGGCUCGAUGUCUGCUGGCGUUGGAGUGGGGUUCAUCUCAGCCCUGCUUUUCAAGUAUGCAGGCUUGGAUAUUGACAAUCUUCAGAAUCUGGAGUGCUGCCUUUUUGUGUUGUUCCCUUACUUCUCGUAUAUGCUGGCUGAAGGUCUUGGCCUCUCUGGAAUUGUGUCAAUACUGUUCACAGGAAUAGUCAUGAAACAUUACACAUAUUCGAAUUUGUCACAAAAUUCUCAGCAAUUUGUGUCGGCUUUUUUCCAUCUGAUAUCAUCAUUAGCGGAGACCUUCGUAUUUAUAUACAUGGGAUUUGACAUUGCCAUGGAACAACACAGUUGGUCUCAUGUUGGGUUUAUCUUUUUCUCAAUUUUGUUCAUCAUAGUAGCUAGGGCUGCAAAUGUCUUUUCUUGUGCAUAUCUGGUGAAUUUGGUUAGGCCUGCACAUCGUAAAAUACCUCCGAAGCAUCAGAAAGCACUCUGGUACAGUGGACUUAGAGGUGCUAUGGCUUUUGCUCUGGCUCUGCAAUCAGUUCACGAUCUCCCUGAGGGGCAUGGCCAGACUAUUUUUACGGCUACCACAGCUAUAGUUGUCCUGACGGUGUUACUGAUUGGAGGUUCAACUGGUACUAUGCUAGAAGCUUUAGAAGUUGUUGGUGAUUCCCAUGAUGGCUGUUUGGGUGAAACUUACUCUUUGGGUGAGAACUUUGAAAGGAACCAUACCUACAUCGCCCCUUCAUAUGAUGAGGAGGAGUCGUCUUCUGGAAAUAGAUUCAAGAUGAAGCUGAAAGAAUUCCAUAGGAAUGCGGCAUCGUUCACGGCAUUGGAUAGGAACUACCUCACUCCAUUUUUUACCAGUCAUAAUGGAGAUAUGGAUGAUGAUGAUUUUGAUGAUCAAACUCCACCUAGCUCGAGAAGUGGUUUCCGUGGCCACGGCUGAUUUUGGAGCCAGGAAUUUGAUACAAGAAGCAUAAUGAACACUAAGGUGAUCAAAAGUCUGUAAAUACUAGAGGCAUUAUUGCGUCCUCCGGCUUAUGAUGGCGAGGAUGAAUGACAGCUAGCCCCAACUCCAAGUGCCCACAUUUCAGAAUUUAGUGACCAAUUUAAGUCCUUGUAGCAGUAUACAACAUUUACAUCACAAUGUUAAGCCUUCUAUAAUUUGAUUUGGACUUGCAUUCCACUGUUCUGAUCUCUUAAAUCUAUGCUUAUUCACCUUUCUAA